AAAGACGUAAUAAUAUUGUACUGGUCAAAAGAUUUCACCGAGUGCGAUGAAAUAACAGACACCUAGCAUCAUCUUUUUUCGGAAUUUAACCUUGUGAUCGAGUUAUUGUGUCCUGUGAUUUCAGAGAGUUCCCAAGGACUUCAAGUUACAGUCGCCAAAGAACUUCCGCCUUCGGCCGGGUAACUGCUGGCGAUAUUCGGGCUGGUUUAAUAGCGGUUGACUCCACUCUACUUGCUUACGGCCUAUCAUUUCGACGAGGAUUUCGUCGGGAACCUUUAACUACUUUGGUACUAUUUCCCCCUGAUUUCUCUGAUGGCUACCCUCAAUGUAUGAUACCUCUUCUGUGGAUGAUUUUAUAAACAGCAGUAAACAGCAGUUUAAAAAAAACAGCAGUAAACUGUGGAUCAAACUGUAAAUUUUGUGCAGACAGGCGAAGGUUAAAAUACUGCACACUUUCUAUGAAUCAGGAGGUGGCUCAGCCAGUUAGAAAUCAUGAAAUUCAAGCAAGUUGGGGAAGGCACGGAUGAUGUUUGUCCCUUAAUUGACUUCGCACGGAAGAAAAGAGGUGCCUCAGAUUGUAUUGCAGUGAAAAGCUUAACAGUGGAUGUUACGCGACGAGAGGACAAUAAAUUUGAAUGGAAGGAUUUUACAUGUAAGGCUGCAGAUGAUACAAAAAACAGUCCCUGCCCUCUGUAUCGAGAGUAUGAUCCUGCUCAUUUUCUGAUUGUCCAUUUUAGCCCCUUAACGCCGUUUGAUGCCGUGUCGAAAUUUCUCAAGAACGGUGUCAUUCUUAGAUUUAAAGAAGAUUUCACGGAAGAAAGAUUUGUAUUCUUUGGCCACAGUGCUAGUCAGCUUCGAGAAAGAACUUGUGUUCUUUACAACGAGAAGCAAGGUAGCGUGACGGAGAUUUUGAGCCAUUUUGGAAACUUCGAGAAAAUUCAAGAUGUUGCUAAAAGAGCUGCUAGAGUCGGAUUACUGUUUUCGACUGCAAAGCCUGCUUGCAGUAUUCCUGAAGAUCAAAUAGGUGUUGUAGAUGACGUGGAACGAGACAACUACAAUUUUACAGAUGGAUGUGGUUUUAUAUCAACUAAAUACGCAUCGAAAGUGACUGAGAGUUUGAAACUUAAGACUUUGUAUGAAGGCAUCAAGUUCCCACCGAUACCGUCAGUAUUCCAGAUCCGCUUGAAGGGAUGCAAAGGGGUGCUAUGCCACAAUAACUGCUUAGAAGAGGGAAUACAAAUCCGCCCUUCAAUGGAGAAAUUUGUGUGGAGGCCUUCUGGGCCCCACCCCCUUGGCAUUGUCGACAGGGGCUUCUCAAGGCCGAAUGACUUUGGUUCGUUGAACAAACAGUACAUCAUGCUUUUAUCGGCGCUUGGUAUUUCCGACGAGGUCUUUCUAAAAAAGCAAGAAGAGUUCUUCCAGGAACUUAAAGAGAUCACCACAGCCCAUGAAGUUGCUUUUAAGUUCUUGUGCGCAAAUGAAGAGUUUGAACUGGCGGAGAAUUUGUUAAAGACAAGGAAAAUAGACACGAAAACUAAGCAACGUCUUGAAAAAUUGCGUAACCGAGUCAGAGAACCUCAGCCAUCUAAGCCGAAUCCUUUGCACAAACCUAAAAAGUCAGCUGCGUUGAAGCUAAAAAUUCCCAUUGAGAAGUCGAGGAAUGUUUACGGUGUUUGUGAUCCAUCAGGGCAGUUGAAAGCCAGAACGGUCUUCUUUCAGCCCACAAUACGAGGAAGCCCUGUGAUCCUGACAGAUACACGCGUAGUGGUGGCUAAAAAUCCUUGCUAUCAUCCAGGCGAUAUUAGGGUUUUGCAAUGCACCGACGUUCCUGAAUGCCAUCAUCUAGUAGACUGCAUUGUGUUUCCAACACAAGGAUUUCGUCCACACCCAGAUGAGAUUGCUGGAAGUGAUCUUGAUGGGGACAAAUUCUUCGUUUGCUGGGAUGAAGAACUUGUUCCGAAGAAAGAAACAGAGCCAAGUCAAUACCCUGCAGCUAAACCUGCUAAAAGGACAAAUCUCACACAUGAUGAUUUUCUGAAGUAUUUUGCUAAAUACAGCAAUGCUGUCGUGAGCAAGCUGGACAAUUUGUUUGACAGAUGGGCGGAUAGUAAAGGAAUCAGCUCUGCAGAGUGUCAGAUAGUCGCACGAUUGUUCUCUCGUGCCAUUGAUGCUGCUAAAACUGGCGAGAGAGUGAAAAUCACGGAACACAUUUCUAAGGCUCCGACAAAGGAUGAAAAAAAUGAAGAAUUUGUUUGGCAAAAAUUGUACCAAAGGGCAAAAUUGUUUGAAAGUGACCAAUUGACAGAAGAUGUCGUGAUUGGAAAAGUGGAAGAUUUUGAGGAGGAGGACAUGCUUGCUUUGUUGUCCAACCAAGAGUCACGGCUAAGUGAGUACAGACUGUUUCGGUAUCUAUACAAGUGGUGCCAGCAACCCAACAAAGAGAGAUGUAUUGACGACUACAUUCACUUGAUUGACUUCUCCCAGUUUAGUCGAGAACAGUGCAAACGUCUGCCAGCCGACAUUCCAAUGGCGGACCUGGAGUCUCUUCUUCAUCCCCUUCACCGAUCUCGAAUUCUUUCAAGGGACGACAUCACAUUUAUCAAAGUUGAACGGGGCCGUGAGAAGCGUUGGCGUCUUCUGUACCGAACAGAGGGUCAAGAAUUGUCUUGGAGGGUAUUUCACAAUAUCCUGAUCUCCUCCCUUGAAAAACUUCUUGUAUUCAAAUUUUUGCUUGGAGAUAUACAAUGGGUCAUUUCUUUGGCGAUGUCAGUUCCACUAAACCUCUGUGAGGUCCUGACUCUAGAUGAGGAGGAAAAUAUCGCCCAGGCCUUCUGUUCAGUACAUGUUCAGUCAACGAAGAGAUAUGUUCUACAGCUAAAUGCAGGCUACAGUUUUGCCUUGGAUGGUAAACGACUCGACAUCUACACAGGAAAGAAACAGAAUACGUUUAUCUGCUUACAGGAAGAUGAAAACUAUCGCGUACCUAUCAUGAGUGUUGCUCUUAAUCGUUUUAAUUCGAGCUUGCCGAGAGAUUUUCAAACUCGACUUCGAAGAGAGCAGUUGCUAGAGCUGGAAGCUUUCUGUGUUUAUGAUCAUUUCGAUCCUGGUCACAGGAUUCAGAAACUGUCCUCAAAAAAAUCCGUCAGGAAUGCGAAUGCAACUGAGGGUGACUCAAAUCUCCAAACACCCUUUGGAAGUAGUGAAAAGGAGGAAGAGUUUGUCUACCACAAAGGUGAUUUCCCAGGUCUUCAAUGUGACCACGAAGAGUCGCUGAGUGAUUUGAACAGAAAUAUCAUCAACGUUCAAGACUUGCUGGAAAGGGGACGUUUACAAACUAGUCAUUUGGAAGAAAUAUGCGACAGAAUGACUUCUUCAUCGGACGAGAAGGAGAAGCAUCAUAUAGCAUGCCAUUUAGAGUCCGUUCUUUGGCGAUCCUCCCCAGACAUUUGUUUAGGGACACCUGAUCAUUACAAAAAUCUCCUUAUCUGUUUGCUGAGCGGGCUACAGGAACUCAAUGUUGACAUUGUCCUCGGCGAGAAUGUACGCAUCACGCUUCUCACACGAUUUAAGCGAUGCCUCGAGUCCUUCUGGAAGAGACAGGUCACAUUCAGUGUCGAUCAAAUGUAUGAGGUAAUCGAUGCUGUGCUUCUUGGAAAUGACUAUCCCACCGGACGCCGCGUAGUUCAAGUCAUCCGCGAAGGUUAUCUGCCCUUGGAAGGUUUCACUUGCCACCCAAAUGCCUUACCGUACUUUCUGCACUGGAUUUCCUUGAUAACUUUGGAGUCACUGGAAGAGGUACAGCAAGCAGUUCAGGCAUCUCACGGAGUCUACUCACGUCACCGUGUCACGGCUCAAGCUACUCCAUACAGUGAACAAGAACUAAAAUUCACAUUGGUAAUUACAGGAGGUACUCCAUCAUUCCGUUCAGCAGACGGCGUGGCGCUCAGUCGAUCAUCAAAUAUUUCUAAACGUGAAUACAUCGGCGAAGUGACAGAAAUCUGUGGAGCAAUACUAACAGUUAGUAUAGUUUGGCCCACAAGUUCAGAUGACUCUUCAAGGAAGAACAUUCUUAAAGGGAUGUGGUAUCUUUACAAAUUCCCUAGUCUUGUUGGAUACAGACGCACGUCAGCAGCACUGAAAGCCCUUCAAGACGCGACGAAAUAUGGGCAGAACGUUCUAAAGGGAAUUGUCAGCAGUUUCUGUGUUGACAACCCAUCAAGUCAAGAUUCAUGUGAGCAAGUAGAUGAAGGCUGUACAACAAAGAGUGCUCCAAGUGUCGCGAGAAUAGACGGAGAGACCAGUACUUUUUCAUCAGCCGCUUCUUUCUCAGAGUGGCAUGAUGGUAACGACAGUCAAAAUGCAGCUGUACAAGAUGCCACUUGCACUGACGCCUCAAUAACCCUUAUACAGGGGCCUCCGGGCUCUGGAAAGACCAUCACCUGCGCAGAGAUUGUGAAACGCUGGCUUCUUCGCAGCAGUGACCAAAUUCUUCUCGUGGCUGAGACAAAUGAGGGUGUCGACAACCUCUUAAAGAAGCUUUUGGACCACGUCUUACAACAUGAAGAGAUUGUUCGGUUUGGAAGCUCUGGAUGGAAAGUGUCCAAGGACAUAAACCAUUUGACUUUUGAGUUUAAAUACUCGCAAAAAAUGUCUGACAAGAAAGACCGCAACGGCCGAAUCGACAGAAAAGUAGCAAAGAAGAUUCUGGAAAGUUGCAAAAUAGUUUGCACAACUCUUAUAAGUGCAGGUUCGUCUUUACUUGAUGGGUUCGUGUUCAAGCGAGUUUUGGUCGAUGAGGCCUCACAGGCUACCGAACCAGCUAACCUUGUUUCUCUUUCACAUGGAUGCGAGAAGCUUGUAUUAGUGGGAGAUGAUAAGCAGCUUCCUCCCAUGGUGCUUAGCGAGAUUGCUAAAGGUCCAGAUCUGCUGACAUGUUCCAUGUUCUCACGGCUUCGCAAAGAGGGAGUUCCUGUACGGAUGCUAAAUGUUCAAUACAGAAUGCACCCAUCCAUAGCUCUGUUUCCAUCACGUCAAUUUUACGAUGGGAAGCUUAUCAACGGUGUGGCUGAGUCGGAGAGGAAAGCCCCAACUGGAUUCGUGUGGCCAAACGAGAAAUAGCCUGUAGCACUGCUUAACACGCCACAAUGUGCAAAGGAAAACAGCCGGGGGUCGUCCAAGUCUAACGACUUUGAGGCCGAACUAGUGUGUGGAGUGGUCAGUGAUCUGCUUAAGGCACAAGACGUGACCAGUGACGGGAUAGGAGUAGUUACCCCCUACCAAGCUCAACUUAAGUUGAUCUCGGAUAAGAUGAAACAAAAACAUCUUGAAAACCUCUCAAUCAGAACAGUGGAUGGAUUCCAGGGACAAGAACGUGACGUCAUUGUUUUCUCCGCCGUACGUUGCAACGAGCACGGGUUUAUCGGCUUCUUGGACGACGAUAAACGAAUGAACGUGCUUUUGACUCGAGCCCGCCGAGGGAUGAUAGUAAUUGGAAACAAGAGAACGCUUGAAAAAUGUGAAUUGUGGAAAAAGUGGAUCGAGUGGAUCGACGAGAAUAAACUGACUCGUGACUGUCCCCAAGAAAACGUGACAGAGUCACCCAGUCCAACUAACAGUUCAUCAGUGAGAAGAGGUAGAGAAGGCCGCAGUACUUCACGGCGAGGGCUGGGGACAGGGAGAUGGAGAGGGGCCAAAGAAACAUCUGGUGCC